AUGCCGAUAGAUACUUUUACCGGGCCCAUUGCAGCCGCCGAAAUAUCUGAGUGGCUUAGCAACUGCGAGGAAGAUUUCGAUCAGUACAAAGACAGGAAUAGCAAGGACUUGCUUGACAAGCAGAAAAUCCAGAGGGCUGGAAACUCCAUUUCUAAAACCGGCGCAUCGACUAAGCCACUGGCUAGUUGGUACACACAGAACCGUAAGGCUUUGGAAACGAAAACGUGGGAUACCUUUCGAGAUUCAGUCAAGGACCAUGCACUUGGUAAGGGAUGGCGCCUGAGGGCUCUCAAACAAUUCUACCUCUACGCGCAGGGCGAUACGAAGCUGGACGACUUCUUCGUCAAGUUCGAGGAGCUGAAAUACACCAUUGCGCGAAGUAGUAAGCUGACUGAGAUUGACAAUGUGGCCUACAAGUCCCAUUUAUUGUUCCGGGCAAACCCGGGACUGCUCGAGAAGUUCAUGCGAGAUCCAAAGAAUGAGCAGAUCUUCCUCAACUCAGAUCCAGAGGAUGUGAAAUCGACGCUUCGCGAGUAUGAUAAUGGCGAUCCUGUACCAGCUCCAAUUGAACCGACAAGCCAAGCUGUUGAUUCUUUUCAAACAGCCGUCACCACUGGUAUGUGGCUCACUAGUGGGCUGUUUGGCGCAAACCAGCCCUUAAAGACUCAAGGCAAUGAUAACAUGUUCUCGAGUAUGAGUCGCUUGCCUCUACUGUCCACUUCUCUUGCACACCUGAAUUACCUCAACAUUUGGUGGAAUGAAUCAUCCACGAGGCCUCAGAUCCAACUUUUGCAGCCAACCUUCGACUCAAACCCGCAAUUUAGUAUCAAUUCCCCAAUUAACAAUCGUGACGCCAUUGCCAGAAUUGGUAUCUCCCUUGAUUCCAAUGAAUAUAUUGUCUCUGUGAGAUUGACACGGGAUGACUCUAAUUCGGCGAUUACAUCCAUAUUGAUUCAGACUUCUAAACAGAAUCAGUUACAUGUUGGCAGUACAGUAGGUGACGUGACCACAUUCACGGCGCCUACGAACUGGAGAAUUGUUGGAUUCCACGGCAGCGCGGACUCGUAUAAAGCUGAUGCAAGUUCGGGACAGAAUCACUAUCCAAUCACUCGGCUUGGAGUCAUCUACGCGCCGAUCAUGCCUUAG